CUUAUGACAUUACAUACAGCAGUGAAAAAUGCGUAUUCUUGAUUAAUGUUCGACAUUGAAGCUCGCUCGCUCGGCUCCUCUUGCUUGUUGCAUACGCUCUCGUGGUACAAAUUAAGCAUUUAAAUGAGAUUGGAGACCGCAGUGGGAUGCUGAAGCACCUCUAACCGACCGGUGUGUCGUCAGAUGAUGCCGUUGUCGUAAAUUCACCAGCAUAUCCAGCCGCAAGUUGGUCGACAUACUGUCAUAUGGAAACAUAAAUUUCAACAUUUUCAACCGUGCACUCUGUUUUAUUUUUAUCUGUUUUGACAUAUUAAUAUUUUGGAUAUCUGAUGUGCGAACUUUCGGGUUACCGAAGCGGCGAAAGGAACAGGUGAUGCCAACGAUCUAGAAUUUUCGCAUGGUUCUUGCAGUUAAUGGACAUUAAGACCUUUUUGAAGUGAUAUACGGAAUCACGUUGGUUCGCUGGCCUCCCCAAUGCCGGACGAUCACUGCCCAGAUCGAACCACAACUUAUCUCUAUUUUCGGUAAGGGAUCCCUUCUGCAUUAUCCAUUCACGCAUCACAUCCAUCACCAUCACAAAUCUCUCGGGACCAGACGGACGUUCUACGGGAGAGAAUUUUAACACUUCCACAGAAGUACGUUCAGCUCGAUUGAAGCGUCUUUUUUCACCGAACCCUCUCUGUUCCCUCCUGUGCUUCAUCCAUCACCUGACGGUACCAAGCUGACAUCAGGCAGACAGUGUUCUAGAUGAUGGAUAACCCAGUAGAGACUGGUAUCCUCUCGGGCGAUCCCUUCUCACACCAGUACGAGGUGAACAGCAAUGAGAAGGUGUACUCGGAGGGCACCACUGGCAAGGUAGAGACCGGUGGUGAGAUGGAGAAGACUUCCGGAGACACCAGGGAUGCCGAUGGUGGCGGCGGUGGGAUUGUGGAGGAGGAUGGUUUCGGUGGCAUCGUUGUAAAGGAGGGUAAAGGUGGGACGGAUGCUGGGAAUGGCCUUGGUGAUGGAGAAGGACACAUCGGUGAUGGUCACGGAGAUGAUGAUGUAGUAAUGGCUGAUGUGGAUGCAGAGGAUGGCUAUGUAGGAGGAGCAGGAGAAGGAGCAGUAGGAGAUGUCCCUGAGGAAUGCAUUGGUAAUGGAGGCUUGGAUCAGGCUCAACCAGCUGUUCUAGAGAAUGAGAAACAGAAUGGUAGACGAAGUGGUGAGUUGUUUUGUUUUCUAUUUAUACAAGUUGGGAUAUUUCCUUUCGAAUAAAUGGGAAUAGCAUUUACUAAAUCAAGUUGGAUC